AUGCAGCUUACCAAAGUCUGUCUUUCCUUCGGUGUAUUUGCAGCUGCUUUCGCGCAGUCCAAGAUCAAAAUCAUGCCUCUGGGUGACUCCAUCACCGAGAUAACUUGCUGGAGAGCCCUGGUAUGGGACCAGUUUGUCAAGGAGAAUCUUGCCGACAAGGUGCAAUUCGUUGGCUCCAUGACCAACAACCCCCAAAAUUGCCGAGCACAGUCUGGCUCUUUUGACCUCCAUCAUGAGGGCCACUCAGGUUGGCUCUCCAUCAACAUCGCCAACCAGUACCUACAGGGGUGGCUGGCAAGCACUAAGCCUGAUAUUGUGCAGUUCAUGCUUGGCACCAACGAUGUAGCGCAAGGGCGCACGACCAACGACAUUGUCGCUUCGUACACGAGGAUAGUUGAUCGCUUGAUCCCGUUGUCCUUCAACGGGGGUGGAAUCGAUACUUUGAACCAGCGAAUCCCGGGAUGGGCCAUCGAACAGAACUCGACCAGCUCUUCAAUUACAGUUGCAGACUGCUCGAGUUCUGCCGGGUUCACAACCUCCAUGUUGCGAGAUGGCGUACACCCCAACGAUCAGGGAGACCAGAUCAUAGCCCAGAAGGUUGGUCGAUUGCUGAUCAAGUACGUCAGGGAUCUCAUUGCCGAGCGCGGGCUUUGA